GAGCUUAGUCGUUUUGGAACUUUUCACGCGUUCGCUGCCUCAGUCUUUCGUUUCGUCUUUGUGAGUGCUUAACCGCAGAUAGGCCCCUCUGCAUACCCCUAACCGCUGAAUUAACCCUACUAAGUGACGAAGUGUGUGUUCUUACAGAUCCAUACCGCUUCACAAUGAAGUACGCUGUGAUUGCCAUCGCUUUGUUUGCGAUUACUACCGCUUCGGCCUCUUCCGCUGGCCAGUUUCUGCCCCGUGCCUUCUUCACCUUGGACUCGGAGGGCCACCAGUCGAAUGUCCAUCCCGUGAAUGCCCAUCUCCUGAGGCGUCUGCGUCGUCAGUCCAGUUCGUCUUCCUCGUCAUCAUCCUCCUCGUCCUCCAGUGGAGGAAACGUCUUCACCUACGCCUCACACAGCGUUCAGAAUGCCGAUGGCUCCGGUCAUUCUGGCUCCUCUUACACCCAGCAGGCCGCUGCUCCAGUGCUUGGUGGUGUGUCCUUUGAUGAGCGUUUCGGCGAGAGCUCCUUAACUGGAGGCGACAACUAUUAUCCCACCUACAAUGGCUACACCAGCGCAGCCUCCAUCAGCAGCAACAGCGGAGUAGGAAGCACCGGUAGCUAUCAGCACAUCUCCGGAGUUGGACCCAUUCCCGCCACCCAAAUCCAGCAGACCGUGGCCGUUGUCGAUGCCAGUGGCAACCAGAAGGUGACCAACAUCCAGGGUGCCACCGAUUCCAACGGCGUUCUCAAUAUCAAGAAGACCGAAUCCACUUACUCAUCCAAAUAGAACAUAGGUUUUUUUUCGAGUGUAAACUUUAAUAAAUUACAGUAAAUU